AUGAGUAAAGACUCCCAUAUGUUUGACUUGAAGGCCAUGUCUUCGAGGCCGUCCAUCUUGAGAAGUAAUUCGGCCUAUCUUGGUCCUUCCAUCUCCAACUCCCGUAUAGUCAAUGUCGACGAAAAGGGCAAUAUUCUUUCAGAAAACAACUCCAUUAUAAGUCUCGAGGAGAAUGAGUUGAAGAAAGGUUUGAGAAAUAGACAUGUUCAGUUGAUCGCCUUGGGUGGUGCUAUUGGUACCGGUCUUUUCGUGGGUUCCGGUCUUGUGCUCUACCAAGUCGGUCCUGCCUCUCUCUGGUUGUCCUAUGUUGUUUUGUCCACCGUUGUGUGGUUUGUCAUGAAUAUGUUAGCUGAAAUGGCUGCUUUCCUACCCGUUCCAGGUGCCGGUUCCCAGCAGUUUAUUAACGAUUACACUGACCCAUCUAUUGGUUUUGCCCUUGGUUACAACUAUUGGUAUGGUUUCGCUAUUUUGGUCGCCUCUGAAGUGGUUGCCGCAGCUCUUGUUAUUCAGUAUUGGACCACUGACGUUCAUAUUGCUGUUUGGAUCUCGAUCUUGUUAGCUGCAAUGUUGAUUUUGAACUUAUUGCCCGUUCAGUUUUAUGGUGAGGUGGAAUUCGUCCUCGCAGCAGUUAAAAUUCUCGCCAUUACUGGUUUGAUUAUUUUGGGUAUUGUUUUGUUCUUUGGCGGUGGUCCCAAGAAUGAUAGACUUGGUUUCCGUUAUUGGAAAGAUGGUAACGCCUUCCAUGAACACAUGACUGGUGGUGACACUGGUCGUUUCUUGGGUUUCUGGACUGCCGUCAUCAAAGCUGGUUACUCUUUUAUUAUGAGUCCUGAGUUGAUUGUGGCUUGUUCUGGUGAAGUGAACAACCCUCGUCGUAUCUUGCCAAAGUGUGCUAACCAGUUUAUUUACCGUUUGGCUUUCUUUUACAUUUUGGGUUCUUUGGUCAUCGGUAUCAUUGCGGAUUCCAACAGUCCUCGUUUGGUUAGUAGUAGUGAUGAUGCUUCUGCCUCCCCAUUCGUCCUUGGUAUCCAGAAUGCCGGUAUUCCUGUUUUGAAUCAUAUCAUCAAUGCCGUCGUCUUGGUUUCCGCAGCUUCCGCUGGUAACUCCUUCUUUUACGCUGGUUCCAGAACUUUGUACUCCCUCGCCUUGAGAGGUUUGGCUCCAAAGUGCUUCACCUUCAUUAACAGAUUUGGUAUCCCAGUUUACUGUGUGUUGAUCACCUGGGCUGUUGGAUGCUUGUCUUACUUGAACGUUUCCAGUUCCUCGGCUCAAGUUUUCACUUGGUUCUCGAACAUUACCACCAUCUCGGGUUUCAUCUCCUGGAUCUUUGUUGCCUUUGCUUACUCUAGAUGGAGAAGAGCAAUUGUUGUUCAAGGUCUCGAGGACAGAGUGCCUUACAGAACAAGAUUCCAACCAUUUGGUGCUUACUACAUCAUGUUCCUUGUGGGUUUGAUCACUCUCACAAACGGUUACGCCGUGUUUUUCGACUUCAAAAUCGCCGAUUUCCUUGCGGCAUACAUUACAUUCCCAAUUGUGCUUGGACUUUAUGUGGUACACAGAACAUAUUCAUACUUCUGGGUUGGCCGUAAGAGAUGGCUCAAUCCUUUGGAAUCUUUCGACUUCAGCAAGUUAGAGCUCGUCGAGGAGGAACAGAGAAAUACUCCCCAACCUCAACCCAAGAAUGCUUGGGAAAGAUUCCUCAAUGUGAUCUUCUGA